CUCAGGGCUGCUGGAGGCCCAGGAGGCUCGGACGCCUUGCAGGAAGCUGCUGACCACGCCGGCUCCUGAUCGCAGGCGCACACAGCACGGACAUGGCGGGCUGGUGGUCGGCAUUGUCGCGCGCGGCCCGGCGCCACCCGUGGCCCACCAACGUACUGCUCCUGACCAACUUCAGCCUUGUUCCUGUUCAGUGGAGAACAGCUUACACUGGAGUCUGUGGUUUUCUCUGGGCCAUCUUCGUCUGUUUUUCCCAGCAGAGUGGUGACGGCACAUUGAAGUCAGCUUUCACCAUUUUUCGUACAAAGUGGACCAGCGCCAUAGAAGGGUCCCCAGAGAAAUGAGACGUCAAGGACUCUCUUAAAGGGACCACAUAUUUGACCUAAAAUGCACAGAAUUGCCAGCAGACAAAAUACCUGAUGUGCCAAUUAUGCAUUUCAUUUUGAGGAAUUACUGCUAUUUAU